AUGAAAUCACCAAGCAGAGUUUCCAAACUAGGCAAUUACCUGCUGCAUGAUAAGAUUGGCGAAGGCGGAUAUGGAGAGGUUUACCAUUGCAAAAUAAUUGAUGAAGCUGCACUGUCUAGUACUGCUAGGAAGAGACUAAAGAAGGGCACCCAGCUGGUAUGAAAGAUCUGCAAAUUAGACAAAUUAUCAACCAAAGGAAGGGGGUAUUUAAUGUCAGAGAUCAACCUUAUGAAGCAGCUUAGCCAUCCAAAUCUUACACGUCUGAUAGAAGCUAAAAGACCGAAGAAGACUAAAAGAGGUAUGAAGGAUAUGAAGGUCUUUCAAAUUUUAGAACUUUGUAAUGGAGGAGACUUAGAUUCUUUUUGGAAGAUUAAAGGGAAGCAGUUUAGUCAAAAUAUUUUCCAGUUGGUGAUAAAGCAAAUAGUUGAAGCUCUUGUGUAUCUUGAUAGCGAAAAUAUUACACAUAGAGAUCUUAAACCAGAGAAUAUUUUCUGACAUUUUCCAAAAUAUGAGAAAGAAGGAAUGGUAGAUAAAGAAUACAUGAAAAACUUGGAAAUUGAUGAGACCAACUUCAAGGCUAUCAUUGGAGAUUUCGGAUUAGCAAAAACUUUGGAAGACGGAAUGUAUACAAACUCUUUCUGAGGAACUAAAGAUUACAUGGCCCCAGAAAUGUAUCAAGAUGGAGUAGAAUACAACAGAUCUGUUGAUGUCUGGUCCAUUGGUACAAGCUGUGGUUCGGAUUUAAUCCAUUUUCUGGAAACAAAAAGUAUGAAAACUGAUCAUUUCAUCUCACGAUUUUAUAAAAAGGAAUUUAUGAGGAAACUUGAUGAGGGAACUUACUGGAUUUCUUACGAUAUUAAAUGAAUGCCUCUGUUGAUUCAUUUGAUUGAUUGAUGUCUCAAAGAAGACCCAAACAAAAGAAUUACUUAUCAGGGAAUUUUGGAACAUCCAUUCCUAAAAUAUCAAUCAGAGCCUGAUUAUUUAAUAAAUAUUCUUGGCAAAGAUAAAGUAAAAAGAAGCAUAGAUCUUAUCCAGAUGGGUGAUUCUCCGACAUCUUCCUUACUUCUUAAUGAGAAAUAACUCUCUCGAUUUGAGUAUUAAAUCUUCUGAAAGGUUUAACUUCCAUUUCAAAGAAGCAUUAGAAAACAUUGAAAUAAAUCUAUACAAAUCAGUAAUGGGCAUCGAAGCUGAGAAUGAAGAAUCUAAGGAAGAUACAUUUAAUCCGAAUGUUGUCACUGAAAAGGAAAAGCAUAUUCCAACUAAUUCUGAGGCUUCAACAAAUGCUGCAUCUCAAAAUCUUGAGUCUAAGGAGGAAACAAAAGAAUUAAAUUCUAUUUCAAAGGAUAUUAGCAAAUCUGAAGAAAAAUCUAUUAAAUCAAAAUGCUCAACUCAGGAUCAUAGUAAUGAGAAUGGAGCUGGCCUCCACAAAGCUCAAAGCGAAAAAGCACCUAAAAAGAUGAGAAAGAUUAAGAAAAGAAUACAGGAAGAGGAGCAAAAUCUUAACAAAGACGAAGAAAAUCAAAGCGAAGACUCAGAUUCGAGCAGCCAAGAGGAUGAAAAUGAGAUUACUGCUGAGAAAAGGAGCAAAGAAGGAAAAGAAGCUCAAUCUAUUAAGCCUAUUAACGAAUCCCAAUCAGAGUCAGAGAAAAAUCCAUCGUAAGAUGCUUCUAAAAAUUCUGAGUCUUCAAGAAACCUUCCAAAUGAAUUAUCAGGAGAGCUCCAGCAAGUCUCUACUAAAGACUCAGAAGGUGAUGAGUAAUAGGAAUUCCAGAGCUUACUCUGCCUAACCCUAAAAAGCUACAUGAAAUUCCUAAUAUAAAUAAUUGACGCUAAAU